AUGGCUAUCACCCCACUUGUAACUUUGAUCCUACUCUCUACAAUCUCUCUUGGCAUUGCUGAAAGAAGUGAUAGUAGAUUGAAAACUUACAUUGUCCAUGUAAAGAAACCAGAAGCUUCCCUCUCCACUCUGAGUGAAGACCAGAACCAGAAGGCUUACCAUCGAUCAUUUCUUCCCUUUCAUCUUGCAUCCUUAGAGAAAGACGAACCUUUACUUUACUCGUACCAGAAUGUGCUCAGUGGUUUUGCAGCAAGACUCACUGAACUCGAUAUUCAAGCCAUGAGAAACAAAGAUGGGUUUAUAUCAGCUCGUCAAGAAAGGAUGUUUAAGCUUCACACGACUCACACGCCCACUUUCUUGGGGUUGCAUCAAGAAUCUGGUUUUUGGAAGCAAUCGAGCUUUGGGAAGGGUAUGAUCAUUGGAGUACUCGAUAGCGGGAUUGUACCGAAUCAUGCUUCAUUUAGCGACUACGGAAUGCCACCUCCACCUUCUAAAUGGAAAGGGAUGUGUGAGUUCAAUGCAUCAAGCUGCAACAACAAACUAAUUGGGGCGAGAUCAUUUAACAUUGCUGCAAUGGCUUCAAAUUCAAGCAUGAAAGUAGAGCCGCCGCUAGAUGAAGAUGGACAUGGGACCCAUACUGCAAGCACAGCUGCUGGCGGUUUUGUGAAGAAUGCAGAAGCGCUCGGUGGUGCACCAGGGACAGCGGUCGGGAUGGCACCUCUUGCUCAUCUGGCAGUUUAUAAAGUAUGUUUUGGUCCCGAUUGCCCGGAAAGCGACAUACUAGCCGGGCUUGAUGCUGCUGUAGCUGAUGGAGUUGAUGUGAUAUCAAUUUCUCUUGGAGAAGAUGAAAACGUGCCGUUUUUUCAGGACAAUAUCGCGAUAGGGUCCUUCGCUGCGGUUCAGAAAGGAAUCUUUGUGAGUUGUGCAACGGGGAAUUCGGGUCCGAUCAAUGGCACAGCAACGAAUGUGGCCCCUUGGGUUCUAACAGUUGGAGCAAGCACCAUUGACAGAAAAAUCAAAGUCGUAGCAAAACUGGGAAACCAGAUGGAAUUUGAUGGUGAAUCUUUAUUUCAGCCAAAAGACUUCCCUUCUACACUAACACCACUGGUUUACGCUGGUGCUAAUGACAAACCAGAUUCCAAGUUAUGUGUCAACGGAUCGCUUGAAGGCAUUGAUGUCAAAGGAAAGAUAGUAUUAUGCGAGAGAGGUUUGACGGCAAGAACAGAGAAAGGAGAAGUGGUGAAAGCCGCAGGUGGUGCAGCCAUGAUCUUGAUGAACCAAGCAGCACAAGGGUUUAGCCUAGACCCCGAUGCACAUGUUCUCCCUGCAUCACAUGUGAGUUAUGCUGCUGGACUGCAGAUCAAAGCAUACAUCAACUCAACGCGAACACCGAUGGCAGCGUUACUGUUCAAAGGAACAGUAAUUGGAGAUCCUUUAGCUCCAUCCGUUGCUGCAUUUUCUUCCCGUGGCCCGAAUACUGUGAGCCCGGGAAUCCUAAAACCAGACAUUAUCGGCCCUGGAGUUGGCAUUCUAGCAGCAUGGGCUAUCCCACUGGCUGGAAGCACCAACACAAAAUCUCCAAUAUUUAACCUGAUGUCUGGAACUUCCAUGUCAUGCCCACAUCUUAGCGGCGUUGCUGCGUUGCUCAAAGCAACUCAUCCUUAUUGGUCACCAGCAGCUAUAAAGUCUGCUAUAAUGACUUCUGCAGACCUAAAAAAUCUGAAAGGUACACCACUAGUAGAUGAAACACUCCAACCAGCAGACGUAUUUGCUACUGGUGCUGGUCAUGUUAACCCAUCAAAGGCCAAUGAUCCGGGGUUGAUCUAUGAUAUCCAGCCAGAUGAUUAUAUACCUUACUUGUGUGGCUUAGGCUAUAGUGACAACGAGGUUGGGAUCAUUGCACAUCGACCGGUAAAGUGUUGGACAACUUCUAGCAUACUAGAAGGCCAACUAAAUUACCCUUCGUUUGCUGUUAAACUUGGACCAUCUCAGACAUUUACAAGGACAGUGACGAACGUUGGAGAGCCAUAUACAUCGUAUGUUGUCACAGUUGUUGCACCAAAAGGAGUAACGGUGAGUGUCCAUCCCAACAAGCUUAAUUUCACGCAAAGGAACCAGAAGGCAACGUACUCGGUGACAUUCAACCGCACGAAAGAGGAAACAGGUGAAUUUGGUCAAGGUUAUAUAGCAUGGGUCUCUGCUAAACACAUGGUUCGAAGUGUUAUCUCUGUGAACUUCAUCUAA